AUGCACCAGCCCAGAGCCCGCUACCCACCCGGCUAUGGCUCCGGCGGGGGAGGCGGAGCCGGACGUGGCGGUGGAGGCGGCAAUGGAGGAGGCGGCGGCGGCGGUGGCGGAAACCACAACUACUACGGCCGGAACCCGCAGCCACAGCAGCAACACCACUACCAGCAGCCGCAGCAGCAGCACGCGCAUAGGAACUCCUCGCACCAGCAGCAGUGGCUGCGGCGAGACCAGGCCCCCGCCGUUGCGGGGGCAGCGUCCGAAAACGCUGCGGCUAAGACGGCGCCUCAGCUUGACGCCGUAGACUCGAGUUCUCAAGAUUGGAAGGCUCAACUAAAUAUACCAGCUCCAGAUACACGCUACAGGACAGAGGAUGUCACUGCAACAAAAGGCAAUGAGUUUGAAGAUUAUUUCUUGAAACGUGAACUGCUUAUGGGAAUCUAUGAAAAGGGAUUUGAAAGGCCAUCUCCUAUUCAAGAAGAAAGCAUUCCUAUUGCGCUGACUGGAAGUGAUAUUCUUGCGAGGGCAAAAAAUGGCACUGGGAAGACUGCUGCAUUUUGCAUUCCGGCACUUGAAAAAAUUGAUCCUGAAAAAAAUGCUAUUCAAGUUGUUAUACUAGUACCAACAAGGGAACUGGCUCUGCAAACUUCACAAGUCUGUAAAGAGCUCGGGAAAUACCUGAACAUUCAAGUUAUGGUUAGCUUUGGAGGAACCAGCUUGAAGGAUGACAUCAUGCGUUUAUACCAACCUGUUCAUUUACUCGUUGGUACUCCUGGCCGAAUACUUGAUCUUACCAGGAAGGGCAUUUGCGUGCUGAAAGAUUGUUCAAUGCUUGUCAUGGAUGAGGCAGACAAGCUAUUAGCUCCAGAGUUUCAGCCUUCUGUGGAGGCACUUAUUCAUUUCCUUCCACCUAGUCGGCAACUGUUGAUGUUUUCAGCAACCUUUCCUGUAACUAUCAAGGAAUUCAAAGAGAAAUAUCUGCCUAGACCUUAUGUGAUUAAUCUAAUGGAUGAACUGACCCUGAAAGGAAUAACACAAUAUUAUGCUUUUGUUGAAGAAAGGCAGAAAGUUCAUUGCCUGAAUACACUUUUCUCAAAGCUUCAAAUUAAUCAAUCCAUUAUAUUCUGCAACUCUGUUAAUAGAGUUGAGCUACUGGCUAAGAAAAUAACUGAACUCGGUUAUUCAUGCUUCUAUAUCCAUGCUAAGAUGUUGCAAGACCACAGGAACCGAGUGUUUCAUGAUUUUCGUAAUGGUGCUUGCAGAAACCUUGUGUGCACAGAUCUGUUUACCAGAGGAAUUGAUAUCCAGGCUGUUAAUGUGGUCAUUAAUUUUGACUUCCCUAAGACAUCUGAGACAUAUUUACACAGGGUUGGCCGUUCUGGGAGAUAUGGACACCUUGGUUUGGCAGUGAACUUGAUUACUUAUGAGGACCGUUUCAACUUGUAUAGGAUUGAGCAAGAACUUGGAACAGAAAUUAAGACAAUACCCCCACAGAUUGACCUGGCCGUAUACUGCCAAUGA